AUGUUUUGCCCACUGAAACUCAUCCUGAUUCCAGUGUUAUUGGAUUAUUCUUUGGGCCUGAAGGACUUGAUGAUUUCCUCCCCUGAGCUAACAGUCCAUGUGGGUGAUUCGGCUCUGAUGGGAUGUGUCUUCCAGAGCACAGAAGAGAAACGUGUGACCAAGGUAGACUGGAUGCUCUCACCAGGACAGCAUGCCAAGGAUGAAUAUGUGCUGUACUAUUACGCCAACCUCAGUGUGCCUAUGGGGCGCUUCCAGAACCGUGUGCAUUUGGUGGGGGACUUACUACACAAUGAUGGUUCUCUCCUGCUCCAAGAUGUGCAAGAGGCUGACCAGGGAACCUAUACCUGUGAAAUCCGCCUGGAAAGGGAGAGCCUAGUGUUCAAGAAAGAAGUGGUGCUGUAUGUGCUACCAGAGGAGCCCAAAGAGCUCAUGGUCCAUGUGGGUGAUUCAACUCAGAUGGGAUGUGUUUUCCAGAGCACGGAAGAGAAACAUGUGACCAUGGUAGACUGGAUGUUCUCUUCAGAAGAGCAUGCCAAGGAAGAGAUUGUGUUACGCUAUCAUCCCAAACUCAACCUUCCACUGGGGUAUCCCCAGACCUGGGGCCGCUUCCAGAACCGUGUAAACCUGGUGGGGGACAUUUCCCGCAAUGAUGGUUCCAUCCUACUUCAAGGAGUGAAGGAAUCUGAUGGAGGAAUCUACACCUGCAGUAUCUACCUGGGGAAGACGGAGUUCAGGAAAACCAUUGUGCUGCGUGUAAUCCUGAAAAAGUCUCAAAUGUUGGUGACCCCCGCACCCCUUAGACCUGAGGUCCUGGGUGAAAAUCAGCUGGUGAUCAUUGUGGGGAUUGUCUGCGCCACUAUUCUACUGCUUCCUGUUCUGAUAUUGAUCGUGAAGAGAACUCAUGGGAAUAAGAGUCCAGAGAAUUCUACAGCCUUGGUGAAAAGCCUGGAGAACACAAAGAAGGCUAAUCCAGAGGUGAGAGAAGAACUCUGCCAUUUUGCCGCUGUGCCCUGUGAGGGGAAGAAACACAUUUACUUCUCAAUAACUGCACAGGAGGUGAUGGAGGAAGAAGAACCAAGUGAAAAAUCAGAGGCUACCUACAUGACCAUGCACCCAGUUUGGCCUUCUCUGAGGUCAGAUCUGAACAACCCACUUGAAAAAAAGUCAGCUGGGGAAAUGCCAAAAACAAAGCAAGCUUUUUGA